AUGACAUUUGAAGGUGUUCAAAUCAAGUAUGGAAUUGAUACGGAUGGAUUUGCAUAUUUCGGAUCAGCAUCAAAAGCGCAAAACGCAAUUAAUUUCACAUAUUCAGGUGCCGUUUUGCUCCCAGAAGGAUUAAAGUACAGAAACAGAACUAUCAAGUUUAAGAUGAUUAAAGAAUUCGCUUUUGCCAAUACAAAAAUCACUUCAAUUUCACUUCCAGCAACGUUAAAGUGGAUUGGCAGGUCUUCCUUCGAGAAUUGUGUCGGAUUAACAGUUAUCAACGCUUCUGAUACUAAUUUAACCAUGAUUGACAGAAGAGCUUUCAAAGGAUGUCGAAAUCUUAGAAAUAUAUUUUUGCCAAGUUCCGUUUUUGCGUUUGGCAGAUCCACAUUCGAAGGAACUCUCAUAUCCCACAUUCCAAACCUCAAUUAUACAUUGAUUGAAGACUUUUCAUUUGCAAAUAAUCAUGAAAUCAUGGCUGUUGACCUUUCCAAGUCAUCCUUAACAGUUAUUGGUGAAUCAUUAUUCGAAAACUGUACGAAAUUGAUGACAAUUGUCCUCCCAGAUUCGAUUUAUUACAUCAAAAGCAAAGCAUUCGCAAGAACUAGCAUAAAAUCAUUCGAUCUACCAAAGAAUAUUUCUGUUAUCCACAAAUAUGUAUUUUGUGGCUGCAAAUCAAUUACUUCUGCAGAUCUUUCGAAUCAUCCAACGAAUUGCAUCAGCGAAGGCCUUUACUGCAACUGUACAUGUCUCGAACAUAUUGUUUUACCCAAGAAAUGCUAUUGGAUUGGUCCUUAUUCCUUCUACAACACGAAAAUAAAAUCAAUUUCCCUUCCGAAAGAAUGCCAUAGCGUUGGCGAAUACAGUUUUGGAGAAUGCAGGGAACUCGCUAGUGCUGAUUUCGGACAAACAAUGAUCGAAAACUUGACAAAUGGUUUGUUUUUCAAUUGUUCUAAGUUAAUCACCUUCAAAUACCCUAAAGUCAUACGAUCAAUUGGUUCUUAUGCACUAUACAAUACGAAAUUUACGGAUAUUGGCCCACUAAAGUACUUAGAAAGUUUAGAUUCAAAUUCAUUUACUAAUUCAAAGAUACAAAAUGUAAAUAUGAUUAAUGCAACAAUAUUAACUCUUCCUUCGAAGCUGUUUUACAAUAAUAAGAAUAUAAUCAGUAUAAAUAUCUCAAAUAAGACAAAAUACAUCGGAAGUUACGCAUUUUCAGGAACAUUACUGACGACAAUAUACAUACCACCAAAUAUUACAGAGUUUGGUGAAGGAGCUCUCAGUUUUUGCCCUAAAUUGACUCAUAUGUUAUUAAAUGUCACGAGAUUGUUAGAACUACCUAAAAAUAUGUUCGAGAAUUGCUUCAACUUGUCAUUUGUCAGGGUUCCAAGGUAUUUGAACACUUUGGGAGACGGAUGUUUCAAAAAUUGUAUAAAUCUUGAAUGCGUUUAUGGAUCUAGACGAUUGAAAAUAAUUGGUCAGAGGUCAUUUUAUAACUGCACAUCAAUUAGAGAAGUAGAUUUCUCAAAAACAGAGAUUUCGUAUAUUGAUGAGUCCGCUUUCGCUUUUUGUUCGAAUCUGACGAGAUUUGUUAUGUCCACAUACACUUUGGGAACUGGUCCUCUCGCUUUUGCUAAUACAGGACUCAAAUCUUUUGAAUUUUUCCAUAAUAUCGGAACAAAGUGCUUGUUUAACUGCACAGACCUUGAAUUUGUUAAUAUGAGUAGCAGUACAAUAACAAUUCUCAAUUCCGAACUAUUUGGAAACUGUAAAAACUUGAAAUCAGUUCAUUUACCAAAAUUAGUGAUAUUUAUUGGUAAAUCUGUUUUCAGAAAUUGUCCAAAUCUCCACACAGUGUACUACAAUGGAACACAACCUCUUGAUUUGAGCAAAUUGCCAAAGAACUGCAAAGUUCUUCCUCCUCCAAUUUUGAAUAUGACAAACACAACUUCUAAUAGCCUUGUUAAUGUUAGUAAAAUAUAA